AUGAUGAAUAUAACAACUGAUGUUAUGCCAUCUGUUGUUCUUCCACCAAAAGUUGAUAAAGACGUAGUAAAUUAUUUAGCCUCUAAUUAUCCUUUACCUGUUUCUCUUCAACAAUUUAUUGAUACUUGUAGAAAAUUAACACCAACAUUUAAAAUUGCUGAAAUGGAUAGAAUUCAAGACCCAACUACAAAUAGUUGGUUUAUUGUUAAUAUUAAAGGAAAUUCUCAGCCAAUUGAUUUAUGUUUAAUGAAACAAAAG